UUGGUCAACUAAAGUGGGUACCACACUACUCGGCACAAAACACCAAACACGUGUACCUUCUUAUACAAAAUAGCUCAGCAAUGUCAAGUAUUUAAAUGUAGUGUGUAUGUCAUCCAGAAUUAACAACAUAAAAACAGUUAAAAAUGUUACGACGGCAAUCUAGACUGCGACGGGAGUAUCUGUACAGGAAGUCUCAGGAGACGAAAGACCGAGUCAUCAGUGAGAGGAAAAGGAAGCUUAAAGAUGCCUUGGAUGAGAACAAACCAAUCCCAACGGAGUUGAGGAAGGAUGCUCUGAGUUUACAAAAAGCCCUGGCGUUUGAUGAUGAAGGUGGGACAGAUUUGAAUCACAUGGAUGAUGAAUAUCGCUGGGCCGGAGUAGAAGACCCCAAGAUUAUGCUGACCACCUCCAGAGAUCCAAGCUCCAAACUCAAACAGUUUGCCAAAGAAGUAAAGUUGAUCUUCCCGAAUGCCCAGCGCUUAAACCGUGGUAACUACGAUGUGGAUCAGCUAGUCCAAGCCUGCCGAGCUAAUGAAGUCACUGAUCUAUUAAUAAUACAUGAGCAUCGAGGUGUACCAGAUGCCCUACAAGUUUGUCAUCUUCCUUAUGGACCGACUGCCUUCUUCACUCUCCUCAAUACUGUAAUGAGACAUGACAUACCAAAUAUUGGUACAAUGUCAGAAGUCUAUCCACACCUCCUCUUUCAUAACUUCAAGUCAAAGCUGGGCGAAAGGGUCUUGAACAUCUUGAAGUACUUGUUCCCAGUACCAAAGGAGGAGAGUAAGAGGGUCAUAACUUUUGCCAACCAAGAUGAUGUCAUUUCCUUUAGACAUCACAUGUACAAGAAAGCAGACCAAAAAACUAUAGAUUUAUCAGAGGUUGGACCAAGAUUUGAAAUGAAGUUGUAUGAAAUCCGUUUGGGCACCAUCGAAAAGUCAGAUCCAGGGGAGACAGAAUGGGUAGCAAGACCCUACAUGAACACCGCCAAGAAACGCAAACAUCUCAGCGAAAAAUGAUCAUCAUGAGCUGGAGCAAGAUCGACCGCUUACCAAGAUUAACCAGAGUUAAACUAUCUUCAACCAAGCCCUGAGAGGUUAAUGAUGGUUGAUUACAUCUAGUUAAAUAACUACACUAAAUCCUAGGGGGCAGGUUGCUUCCUGCUCUCAGUUAUCAGGGAAGAGUGCUUCGGAGAGGUGCCCAAGCUACACCUGUCUCAGGGAAUAGCAAGACUACCAUCCAGGCUAGGCAAAAGUGGUUUCUUUCCUUCCCUCACCUUCGAGACCCUGGUUCGAGUUCCGCCUUAGUAGAUUGGAGCCUUACAUGUGGGUUGGGUUUUCAAUCGCUACCUGAUUACUUGGUUUUUAACUCUACACAUGUAUACAGUUUUUUUUCCUUCCGCAUAAUUUGUUUUAAUUUCUUCGUCUUCUCGGGUUCUUCAGGUAUUUCUGAGGUUUGUUUUCCUGGUCCAUUUAUGUCCAGAAUGAUUAUAAUAUUAAAACCUAGCUUGUAAUGUCUAACAGUUGGAAUGGAACCAUGCAGGUAAUUACCGGUCAUAUUUUCAAUCAUCAUAAUGGACAAAGAGCGGGAACGGGUACAAUAAAAGAGGAAAUCAAAAAGUAGAAAGAUGACCACUCUGCAAGGUUGAAAUCUACAAAUGGUCAACAAUUGGUUUGACAUUAUAAUUUUGUUCCUCACUGGGUGGAACAGUGAUGAGGCAAUGCCCCUUGGGUAAAUUGGUUGGGUACUGGUGGGUAUUCACCUCACAGGAGGAGAUUAACAGGCAACCAGUUCCAGGCAAUCGAUCAAUAAGAAAACGGUCAUAUUUCAGUUUCUCAUCUACUUUUGUGGGGAUAGUGAACUACUGAAAAAUAAAGUGUCUUUUGCCGCCGAAUAGUUCCUUGUGCAUGCAGUGGGUGCAAUUGGUUGCCUGUUAGUGAAAGCGCCUAUAAACAGUCAUUUGAAUUUGUCAAAAGGCACAUCGUCAUUAAAGGCAGUGGACACUAUUGGUAAUUGUCAAAUACUAGCUUUCACAGUUGGGGUAUCUCAACAUAUGCA